AUGUCCGACCCAAAAGUCGCGGCCGAUUUUGAUGCAAUCAUUCAGGCUGACCGGCAGCGCAAAAAGAACGAAGCCUUAGCAAAUGAGAUCUUUGGUAGAAACAAAGCGAACAAGAACACCCCGAGGAGCGCAAGCAAAGGCUCUUUAAGGACGCCAGACCUUGCGAGUCGCAUCACAAAGCGAUCUUCGUCUGUAACAAGUUCAGGCUCUUCCCGUAACAUUCUAUCCACUCCACCCUCACGGCCCUCCUCGACCACCCCUCAAACUGCACGCUCAUCUCGCCUCGCCUUUGCUCUCGAGUCUUCAGAUGCCAACAUUGUUUCCUCUCAACCAAAUACAAGAGGCUCAGGCAUAAGCAUCAGAGGCAAGGCGGGGCGCUUCGUGGUAGAAGCCAGCAAUUUCGCCCCCGGUACCACGGCCGCCGAUAUCGAAUCUGCGCUACAGGGUGAAACUUUGGACGAGAAUGGCGUUAGCGGAAUGCUCUCAUGUCGCCUUGUCAAGACAAGUCCAGUUGUUGUCGCGGAGCUGGUGUUUACUGAGAAGCAGAUUGCGGAGCAGAUUAUAUCCACUUACAACAACCAAAAGGCAGACGGCCGUAUCUUGCGGCUCUUCCUCAAGCGAUCUGGACUAGGUUCUACAGCUACUUCACAAUCCAACCAACUCGCCUCCAAUCCUGCACCUGAAUCACUGAUAUCAGAAACACAACGUCUGCCAGAUAAUGGGAACACUAUGGAAGACAUCGAGAUGGAAACCGAGGCCGCGACCUCUUUCGACGAUCGACGCAACCUGGACCCUAAAAACGCUGAAGCGGACGUUCAAGAUGCACGCUACGGAGUCGAAAAGCCGCAGUCUUCGGAUACACAUACGCGCCACACUGACCGAAGGAGAGACGAUGAUCGACGAGAUCGAGAUCGCAACUACGAGCGUAGCCAUGACAAUGACCACGAACAGGAACGAGAGCGAGAGAGAGAACGUGAUCGCGAGCGCGACCGCGAUCGAGAGCGAGAUCGGGAUAGAGAUCGAGAUCGCUAUGACCGUCGCGAUCCUCGACCUGCGGGCCACGGCUCCUAUCGUCGAGGUGACAGACCUGAUGCCUACAACUCGCGACCCUCACACUACGGCAAUGGAGUCGGCGGAGGUCCCGGAUUUGGGAGAGGGAUGUUUGGCGGUGGUGCACCAGGCCCCUUCCCACGAGGUGGCGGUCGGAUAUACGGCGACGACGGGAUGCGUGGCGGUCGGCGAGGCGGCGCACCAGGCGGGUUCGGACAUGGUGGUUAUCCAAGGAGAGGAGGGUACUAG